AUGCGCGCGCCUCCCACCUCCGGCGCCUCGACGUUCCAGAUCCCGCUGGCUGCGCUGUCGACCAGCGUGUCGGCCGCAGAUCCGCCGCCGCAAGCUCACGAGACCCACGACCGUUACGAACCCUACACGACCUCCCUCCAGCAACGCCAGCAGCAGGCCCACCACUACUAUCGCCAGCACGAGCCCCUCUCGCGCCCGUCGAGCUCGUCCGGAAGCAUCCCCCACACCCUCCGUCGCACCCCGGAGCUACAGGACCUCAAUCGCCAGGUUUCCGCCUCGUCGCCCAGAGACACCGCCCAGGAGCACUGGGAGUCCGCCCGCGAGGCUGCCAACUCACGCCGGAACUCUGCCACCGAAGACGACCCCGGCGCUCCUCACCCUGCGCUCCGCAUCUCGCGGCGCACCCAAGCCGCCAUCCUGUACGCUCUUGAGGAAGCCCUCCGCGGUCCCAACCCAUUCACCCCCGACCUUGCCGAAGAAAACGCCCAGAUGUCUGACCUUCUCGGCGGCAAUGGUCGCGCAGCCAACGGCGGCGCGCGCUCUGCCGCCGGCCCCGUGCCGGUCCAGCAAGCGCCGGCGCCUAUGCGCACCCCACAGCAGAUCAUGAGGGCGCGCCAGGAACGCGAGACAGCACGCAAGCAGGCUGAGGCUGAGGCAGCGAAAGAACGCGAGGAACAGUUACAACGGGCGCAGCAAGAGGAACAGCGUAGGAAAAACGCCGAGAGGAGGGCUGCCGCUGCUGGCGUUGCUGGCCAGACCCAGGAUUAUGGAAGAACCGAGCCGGCACUUGGCAGGACUUCUGCCGAGGCUGCGUUCCCUAACUAUACCACCGCUGGCCCUCAACGCCCUCAGGCUAGUACCGGAGGUCCAGUCAUGUCGCCAGGACGUGGACAGCCGCAAGACCCUGCAGCGGCUGCACGCUCUCGAGGUCCGUCCCUGUCGCAAGGACAGCCACGCGCCGCUCCUCAGCAAUCCGCACCGGCUUCGACAUCCGCUCGUCCCGGACAGUCGUCAUCGGCACACGCGAGACAGACAUCCGGCUCUGCCUCGCAGGCCCGCCCUGGCGCAUCUGCUGGCCCGUCCAGCACUCAAGCGCGAGUAGCCGGAGAUGGUCAGGCACGUGAUCCGACCGUCUCGACGUUUCCACAUGCGUUCGAGCGCUGGGAGCAGUUGUCUUCUCACUGGGAAGGCCUCACGUCUUAUUGGAUUCGCCGUCUCGAACAAAAUCAGGAGGAGCUUGCCGGCCAAUCGCUCACGCAGCAGAUGUCCCGCCAGAUCACUGAUCUUUCUGCGGCGGGCGCUAACCUUUUCCACGCCGUUGUCGAGUUGCAGCGCCUGCGUGCUUCGUCCGAGCGUAAAUUCCAGCGUUGGUUUUAUGAAACUAGGAGUGAGCAGGAGCGCCAGCAGGAGGGACUUGGUGAACUACGGAAGGCUAUUGAGGUUGAGCGCGCUGCUCGUGAGGAGGCGCUUGAGCAAUUGCGUACCGAAAAGCAAAAGAGCGCCAAGGCCAACAAGAUGGUUCAGGAAAUGCAGCGCGAGCUGAGCAUCUCUAAAGACGAAGCUAGAAGGGCAUGGGAAGAGUUGGGCCGUCGUGAGCAGGAGGAACGUGAACGUGUGGUGUCCCUGCGCGAGGGCCAGCCGACCCUUGUCGGCGGCGUUCAGGUCGUACCCAUGGUCCCGGGAAUGAGCAGGCACGGAAGCGUUUCUCAGCAUGUGGCCCCGGGCGGUGUCCACGGCCAUCAGCAGCCGACCAACAUAGAAGGUGGUUAUAGCUACGAAGACCCGCAGUCUCCUACAGACACCGACCCAUUUACUGAGCCAUCUCGGCUGCACCACGAACCUGACGUACCAUCACUGGCUCAGGGUACAUACCAACCAGCGCAUCCCAACGCUUCGCAGGCCCCCGGUAGCACGGCCGCGAGGGCUACAAUGCCGUCCAUAUCGCCGGCGCCGCUCCAGCCGCACACGUACACUCCUGGUAGCACCGCGGCUGGCCUGCCCUCACCAACCACAGCACCUGAAGACCAGUUUUACCAACAUGAUGGAAGCUUCCUUCCCGGUGGACGUACGCCAACCAGCGGUGUGAUGAGCCCUUCAGGCGGUGAAAGGUCGUACGUACCUUCCUCGGUUGGAGAUACGAGCUCUAUCGGAGGCGAAGAUGAUUGGCUUGUCGACCAAGACGGUAACUACAUCCACGACAGCCAGGGCCGGCGCAUUCCCACGAGGUACCGUGAUGCAGGUGCCUCGUUUGGUCACGCCCGCUCGCAUUCUCAGCAGAGUGGCGAAGGCAGUGAAGAUGAUUAUGAUGUCGGUUCGGACAUUGCACGUGAACAGGAGCUGGCACAGCGUUACGGUAUUCCUUCCUCUUCGAUGGCUCGUCCCGGUGGAACCAGCACUGCCGGGCCCAACGACCCGAGUUAUGGCCCGAGUGUGAGCCUUCCCGACUACAGUGGUGCCGGUUAUGGUGAAUGGGCUGGCAUGCGCCAUCACCACCCUACGCGAUUGAGCGAUGUUCUGGAAGAGGACGAACGGAGCCGGACGAGCCCUAGUCGUGCAAGCCAAGCCAGCAGGGGCAUGUACUAA